CAAUCAAUGUGAGCCAAAAAGCACAAGUUAAAAUAUAACUGGGUGUAAACAUUUGUAUGGUAUUUUAUUCUUGUUUAUUCUUAUUAUUUUUGAAUGCAGCAUUAACAUCCCUAAAAUCUAUUACAUACACAUCCUUUCUGAUUUCUUUCCAGCUAACAUUGCCUUUUUAUGCUUGUCAAAUCAACAUUUAAUUGAAGUUUCAGUCUAUUAAAAUCUUCAUAAAAACAAUGGAGCAAAAAGGAUAAACCAAAACCAUCAAAUUGCCCAUUAGGGCUGCUUACUUUAGUAUGACUCUGAGAUAACAACUACAUUGGUCACCUCAAUAUUUACAUAUUCACAUUUUCAUAUUGAGAAUAAAUCUUGUACAACUGAAGAUAGGUUGCGGUGUAUAUAUGUGGUUCCAGUACCAAGUCUGAUCACACAUAAAGUACAGCUAAAUCUUAGUUUUAAAUCUUUUAAAGUCCACCAUUCCUUCCUUGCGUCAUUGUGUCCUGAAAUUUAAAUCAAUAAAACCAACAUGUGUCGACCGGUUUGUAGUCCACCUGCUGACAGCUGCUAUGUGUCUCUCUUUGACUUCUGCUAUUUCUAAUUAAAGACCCGUAAUUUACUUUAUAUUAUAAGAUAUCUCUUUGUAAAGGGUUCUUGCAGGGUAAAAUGCGAAUAUAUAUAGCGCGUUUUACAGUUGUCCCUCGGUGGACACCAUAGGACACUGGUGCUACAAACAUUGUUGUCCCAAUUUAAAGGGUAGCAUGCGCUUCAUAAACUGUGUGUUCACGUAGGUGGACUAUGCCUUAAACCUUGGAAAUGUCUGUCUUGCGUAGGGCUAAAACAUGGGAAAUAUCUGAGUCUGAAGAGGAAACCGACACCGACACAAAGUCCGAUUUAAACCAUGAUGAGAGCAGUGAAAGAGCGACAACAGUCAGCACGGGCUUGAAAAAGGAUCCGAGUUCACAACACAAACGCAAAACCUCGUCAGCAACAAGAAGUGAGUCUAGUUACACUUCUGCUUUGCCUCCUCCGCGGCCAGGACGCUCCGGCACACCAAGUCCUGCGAGAAAACGCCGCACCAAGGAAGAGAUAGAGGCGGACAGAGAGAAAGCCAGGGAGAGGAAGGAGGAGAGAGAGAGGCAGAGAGCAGCCAGAGCCCAGGAGAAGGAGGAGAGGAGACAGGAGCAGCAGAGGAGGAGAGAAGCCGCGGAGAACCUCAAGAGUCUCAGGCCGGAGAACUGCCUCAAGUGUCUGACUGUUUGCAUUGAUCCAGCUCUUCUGCAACAGGAUGGCUCAGACAUCUUGCUGGAUACUCUGGCUGCCUUUGAGUGGAGGUUCAGCAUUGAGAGCCAGCAGCUUCCUCACUGCAUCACCUGGACCAGAGAUUUACCCCAGGGAGACGACGGGAUGGGCUCAGUGGAGGAGGAGCAAGUGCUGCUGGUGCUGGGUCUGACUGACUUCAUGGAGAUGGUGGUUUCCGUGAAGACAAUGCUAGACAGUGAAGGGGAGGAGACAGGGGUGGGGUCUUUUCUCAGUCCUCUUUUGGAGUGUCUCAACCGUGAUGCCAGGAAGGUUGUCACUCUCUUAGUGACAGACUCUCAGCCAGAUUACAGGACAAAUGCUUGUGAUGUGCAAUCUGAAUUAGGAAUGGAGAAUCUUGAUAUUGAAGAGGUCCUUGUUUACCUACAGCUUUGCAAGAAUAUCUCACUGGUCUUCCUGGAUGGCUGGCAGGACGUCACCAACCACGUGUGUGCUGUCACUAAGGCCUUGUCAAAACGCCCUUUCAAACUCCUGACAGAGCGAGCAGAGCUGCCCUUCUGUGUGGACGGUUCGUGGGCCAGCGGGGUUCGGGUAGAGAGGGAUGGCUCGGAGCUGAUCCAGGUCUGGAGCAAACAGAUCCAACAGCUGAACAGAGUUAGCCCUGCUGUGGCCUCCACUGUGACUGCAGCCUAUCCCUCUCCUCAGCUGCUGCUGCAGGCGUACCAGAGCUUGGGGUCCGAAGAGGAGAGGAAGGGGCUGCUGGCUGGUCUCAUAGUGAAAAGCGGAGGUAAAGAGAGACGUAUAGGACCAGAGAUAUCAGCCAGAGUUUACCGCUGCUUCACAGCCCAGAACCCCCAGCUGGUCCUGGACUAAUUUGUAAAAUGAGAUGGAUGGAUAUCAGCGAGGAUUAAUCUGGUUUCUAAUGACACUGUGUCACCACUUGGCUGCUAAUACAUAAAUGUUGAUGUUUACAAGCUAAAUAUAUUCCUUAGAUAUCAUGUUCACCUUCCAGGAAAGUAUUAUUUAUACUCAUCUGAACCUCUGCAGAUUCAAGGAGUAGAAUAUGUUUUGUAAAAUAAGGAAUAAUACAAUGUAUAAUAUGUUAAUACAAUAAUCUAUUAUGUAUAAAUGUAAGCUGUGCUCCAUUAACUGUAUAAUAUUAUUUGUAUAUGUUUGAACUAGUGUAUAAAAUGAGCUGCAACAGAA